UAGCAUAGACAAUUUUGGCAAAAUAAAAUCUAAAAAAACUAAAGAGAGUAGUACUAGUACCUUGUAAAUCUUGUAUAUAUGCUCCAUAAUUUUGUUAACAACCAAUACCAAAGCGACAACAUAAACAACCUAGUUUUCCCAAAACUACCCUUUUACCAUAAAUUCCCUCUCCUUGAGAAACUAUCUUUAACAAACAUACCCUUCCUUGGUAAGUUUUUCUAUCACUUCCCUUCAUUUUCAUUCUUCCCUACAAAUAAAAACUCACUUCCACUUCAUUCCCUCCAUUCUUAAAUAGAAACCAACCAUGUUCUCUCAUUGGCUUAUCUUUUUCUUCAUUUUCUCUCUCCUAUACUGAAAAUUAAAUUUCUUACUUCUAUUUUAUUUUUCAAAAAAAACAAGGGUUUUACUAGUCUUCAACAUAAAUAUUUGUACAUCAAAAAAUGUACAACCAAGUUUAAUUUGUGGUCGUCGUUACAUAUAAUUAAUUAAGUCGGAGAAAUUAAUCUCGAAUAAGGGAAAAUGGGAAGGGGUAAAGUAGAGUUAAAGCGGAUCGAAAACAAGAUUAGUAGACAAGUGACAUUCUCAAAGAGGCGAUCUGGGUUGUUGAAGAAAGCUCAUGAGAUCUCUGUACUUUGUGAUGCUGAAGUUGCUUUGAUUGUAUUUUCAACUAAAGGCAAACUCUUUGAGUAUGCUAGUACUGACUCCAGCAGCAUGGAAAGAAUCCUGGAAAGGUAUGAGAGGUACUGUUAUGCAGAGAGACAGCUUCUUGCUACUGAUUCAGAGUCCCAACAAGAGGGAACCUGGGCUAUGGAAUACCCAAAGCUCGUUGCUAGACUCGAAGUCUUACAAAGGAACAUGAGGCAUUAUGUAGGAGAAGAUACUGAUGCAUUGAGCUUGAGGGAGCUCCAACAUCUGGAGCAACAGCUCGACAUUGCUCUUAAGCGAAUCAGAAGCAAGAAGAAUCAACUGAUGCAUGAAUCCAUUUCUCAGCUCCACAAAAAAGAAAAAGCCAUGCAGGAGCAAAAUAACCAAUUAUCCAAACUGAUGAAGGAGAAUGACAAGAGGGUCGAGGAACCACAAAAAGACGAUCAAAACCCUAGCCAACUCUUCCUGUUACCAACAUCAAAACCAUUUCCCUUUCCUGCUCUCACCAUUGGAGGUGCUUAUCAGGAGAUGAGAGAAUUAGAGGAGCAAGCGGACCCGGAAGCUGAAGUUCCAGCCAGAACAAACACUAAUAUUCCGGCAUGGAUGUUUAGUCAUGUUGGUUAAUAACAUGUUUUAUUCGUUCGUUGAUCCCUUCGAUCCUUCAAUGCUCUAUGAUUUCAGUUCUCCGAUAAAAAUGCUGAAAAAGAAGUGUUUUACUACAAUUUGUGCUUUAGAAUCAUGAAGAUAGAUUAUUCUCCUGCAAUGCGAGGUGGAACCUUUGUACACCAGAGAUACAUACAUUCGAAUAAACCAGAUUACUAUUUUACUAAAAUACUCGUAAUUUACUAGCUAA